CGUAUUCAUCUUCUAUAAAUCUAAUCAAAACCCCCUUGAUAAAAAAAUUAUCUCUGCACAAUCUUCAGCUACUAAUUGUAAUUUGGUUUUAGGGUUUAUUUGGCUGUAUUUGAUACGUGAAGAACGAUGUUCCGAGAUGAAGUGUCAUUGGCUCUUGGUGUCAUCAGUGUUAUCAGUUGGAGUGUUGCCGAGAUACCGCAGAUCAUGACUAAUUACAAUCAGAAAUCCAUUGAAGGUGUCUCUAUAGCCUUCUUAACGACAUGGAUGCUCGGUGAUAUAUUCAACGUUGUUGGCUGUUUGUUGGAACCAGCUAGUCUUCCGGUGCAGUUCUACACGGCAGUGUUGAAUACAUUGGCCACACUUGUUCUCUAUGUUCAGUCUAUAUAUUACGGCCAUGUCUACCCGCGGUUGAAAAACAGAAAGAAUCAUGAUCAGGUGGUUGAUGUGGAAGAGCCUUUGCUUCAUGAGGAAGCUAAGCGUCCUUCUACCAAAUCUAUGCUAUGUGUUGUCUCGGUGUUCUUGUUUCUUGGUUCUUUCAAUAUGCUAAGUGGUUCAAGAAGUAUGGAUUUGAGAGAGAAAGAUAGAGUGUAUGUAGUUGGAGGAGGAAGAAAGCUUUUGGGUGUCAGUAGCGGUAACUUGGGAGGAGGAAGAAAGCUUUUGGGUGUCAGUAGCGGUAACUUGGGAGGAGAAAGCUGGAAUAUAGGAAUGUUGUUGGGUUGGGCGAUGGCAGCUAUUUACAUGGGUGGAAGGCUUCCUCAGAUAUGGUUGACUAUAAAGACAGGACAUGUUGGAGGAUUGAAUCCAUUGAUGUUCUUCUUUGCGUUUCUUGGCAAUGUGACUUAUGUUGCGAGCAUACUUGUGAACAGUGUCGAAUGGUCGAAGAUAGAACCGAAUCUACCAUGGCUUGUUGAUGCUGGAGGAUGUGCUGUGCUUGAUUUUCUUAUUCUGCUUCAGUUUUUCUACUUCAGGUGUAAAGAUUCCGACAAGAAGAAGCAUGGAACCAGUGACCUUGUCUAAGUAACAAGGUCUCAAACAGUUUGAUCUCAUCUGGCCAGCAAGAUUCAUCUAGUUUAGGAGGCUUAUUGGAUAUUGAUUGAGUUCAAGUGUUGUUAUGGCUAUAAUAAUUUUGGAAUUUAGAGAGUUUUAUAAACUUAGUUUCUUUCUUCUAGUUCUAACUUUUUA